UAAUUGUUAGAUCCACCACCACCACCACCGCCACCACUCAACUCGGCCUUCUUCCAUCCACUUUUUUUGCAAAAAUGAAAGGAGUGAAGGCUCAAACUGUGGAGUUUUAUGGAUGAUAAGAAAUUCAAAACAAAAACUUGAGACAAUAUAGAAACAUUCAUUUGACAACAAAAACAGAGACAUAUAUUCCUCAUGGCUCGGUUCUCUUGUUAUCACCAUUCUUUUAUCACGUUCUUGAGCUUCAUUCUCGCCGUCUUUCUUGAAGGUGUUACGGCUGCCACCUUCACAUUCAUCAACAAAUGCGAUUACACAGUAUGGCCUGGAAUUCUAGCUAAUCCCGGAAGUAGAAAACUGGAAAGUACAGGCUUUGAACUCACAAAAGGCAGCUCUCGUUCUUUCCAAGCCCCUACUGGCUGGGCAGGUCGCUUCUGGGGCAGAACAGGUUGCAAUUUCAACGACUCUGGCCACGGGUCAUGUGCUACAGGUGACUGCGGCUCUGGCGAAGUCGAAUGCAAUGGAGCUGGGGCCAUACCGCCAGCCACCUUAGCCGAGUUUACACUCGGUUCAGGAUCGCAGGACUUCUAUGACGUGAGCCUGGUUGAUGGUUAUAAUUUGCCUAUGAUUGUGGAAGGAAGUGGAGGGUCAGGAGAGUGUGCCACUACUGGCUGCAUGACGGAUUUGAAUAAAAAGUGCCCGUCUGAAUUGAGAAUUGAUGGCGGCACCGCCUGUAAGAGCGCCUGUGACGCCUUUGGGAACCCGGAGUACUGCUGUAGCGGCGUCUACAAUAGUCCUGCCGCUUGUAAACCAUCCAUGUAUUCAGAAGUAUUCAAGUCAGCUUGCCCCAAAUCCUAUAGCUAUGCUUUUGAUGAUGCCACUAGCACUUUCACUUGCAUUGGGGCUGAUUAUAGCAUCACUUUCUGUCCCAAUGUUCCAAGUUUGAAAUCUCCAAAGGAUCCUGACCCAAAGCCAACAGGAACAAUUGAUGACUCGGGGUCGGAUACGGAUCCGAUGCAGGCAGCUGCAUUGAGCAGUCAAUGGCUAGCAAAUUUGGCCACCGGAGACUCAACCAGAAUCCAACCAUUUUCCCCAACCCAACUUGGUUUUGCUAAAACUAUAUUUAUUGUCCUCUCUCUGUUCUUUUAGUCUUUCAACUCCCCAAUUCAACUUCAAGAGAAAAAAGAAAGUAGGAUAAAAUCAUGGAUAUUUUAUUUAAUGUUAAACACGUAUUAAUAUGCAAAUCACUUUGUCUAAGAAGUAGAAUAUGGUUUUUUUUUUUUUCUAAAAUUACUUAUUUUCUUCUGCUUUUCGAUUGAAUUUUUAUGGUUCACAGCUUGCGAACUAAAGUGAAAGAAUCAUGAAAGUAAAACGAAAUAACUCAUUGUGACAUAAGGGUGCAUGAUCGCCCUUUUCUCAAAACGAGAUUAACUUAAAAAGGAAAAAGUGUAUGCUUUUGGUUGUUUUGUAAGGCCAUUUUGAGGGAAUCACACCAACACCAAGCUCUGAGUUCCUCCAAUGCAAUUUUUUUUUUCUAUUCUGAGGAUACAGUUGGGGCUAUGCUAACUUUACUUACAGCUUGGCAGAAUCAAAGGGUUUAAUGACAGUUUAUAUGAUAAUUUUCUUUUACAUAAUACAAGGGUCCAGGAUAUUAAAAACCAAGACUUUCAGUUUACGCAUUGAAAAGUUCUCACCGAAUUGAUGUGUGCAUUUUAUCAAGGCCUUCUCUCAAAUGUGUGGUGAAACGUCACAAUAGUUUUGAUUAGAUAGCUGAAGUGAGUGGAUAUUGAAAUUUGCUUAUUUUGAUGAAUGGUAGGGAAGUUUUGGGCGUCCCCAAGUCUAGAAAAGUUAUGGACAAUCGCUGUUGUUUAGGAAUAAUUAGAAGAAAAAUAAAAGCUAAAGAAGCUAAACACAAGUAACCAUCCAAAUUGCCACCCAAAGGACUAUCAGAUUCCUAUAUGGAUGGAGGUGUUUCUUCCUAAAACAAGUUUGUUGAUAGAAUCAUUGCAACCGAUUCUAGACUUGCGUUUGUCUUCAGAACUAACCAUUGGAAUAUCGAUUCCAGUGAUUUGAAGGUGUUUUGCAAAUAAAAAAAAGCAGCCAAAGUUUAUUAAAUUAGUUUGUGAU